AUGCAACAACUAAAGACUAAAAUAAAGCCUCCUUUUUUCUUAGAUGGGGUGUAGGCUGCAAGAAGAGGAAAGGUACUUGAUUACAAGGCUGAAAAGGAUACUCAUUUAGAAUAAUAUUACUUUAAUAUGUAAAUGAGAUAACAAAUGAACAAAAUCAAACAAGAUAGAAUGAGUUAAAGAAAUUUAGCUCAUUAAUAAUAAUCAAAGUCUUUUGAAUAAACUAUAGUAAGGAUGAAUACAUAAAGUUUAGCAUCAAUAAAAAUAAACUUAAGUAUUUAAUAAAUCCAGCUCGCCCUAACAAUAGACAACAUCUAUAGUAUCCAAUACUCAAAAUGUUCCUAAAGUAUCUAGAUCAUUAUCUAAAGAACAAUUUGUAACAUUUCUUGAUUCUCUCAUUACAACAGUAUAGAAUGUUUAACAGUUAGUAAUUUCAUAUUUUCCAUAAGAUUAAAUGGACAAUUAAAUAUCUAAAUAGCAAGAUGAAUUAAAAAAAAUUAGUUAAGCAACUGAAUAACUAAGCAGAAAAUUACGAGCAAAUUCAUUGGAAAAUAAAAAAGAAGUAGAAAAUGUUAAAACUCAAAAGAACUUUUCAAAAUUACCUUAGAUAAAAAAAAGUGAUGGUAAUGUAAGUAAAUCUUAUAGAGGAAAAGAUUAACAAUAUAAAAUUCAUAAAUCAAAUACUAAAAAUAUAGUUAAUACAUCAAUAACUCUUGAAAGAAAUUAAAAUAUUGAAUUAGAGGAAACAGAAAAUCAUAAUUUUGAUUAUAAAUAUUAUGAAUCUGUUUAAGAUAAUACAAUCAAAAAGACUAUUAUAAAUAAACCUAUAGAUCAAAUCUAAAAUUAUAGAAAUCUAGAUUCCUAAUAAUAAAAGUUAUUAUAAAUUAAAUUAGAUUAAGAAACAUAACUUUCAUCUGUUAGAGGUUCAUAAUAAAAAUAGUAAAAGAAAUGUCAUAAAGAAAUUCAAUUAGUCUUAAAUAAACCAAAAUAACAUAAAAAUAAAAAAAAUAUUCAAUUAGUAUCAUAAUCUCCAUAAUAAUUAAAAAGUAAAAGUGUUGGUCCAUAGGAUAAUACAUAGAAAAGUUAAUCUAAAAAUUAAUCAAAAUUAGAUUUUAAAAAAAUUAAUUCAAUCAAUAUAUCAAAAAUUGAUGUAGAAAAAUCAAAUUAAAAUUCUAAUUUAUAAGAUCAUUCAACUAAGAAAUCAAGUACAAAUCCAAUUGCAAUUUAGAGUUAUUAAUAAUCUAAUUUAGAUUAAUAAAACAAUGAAAUUUAAGUUGUUUAGGAUGUUAUAUAGAAUUAAUCAAAAGAUUCUUAAUUAUUUUUGAUUUAAUAAUAAUAGUCUUAAGAUUAAUAAUAAUAAUCAUAAACUUAAGAUGAUGAAAAGAUUAAAUUAAAUGUAACUGCUUUCUUCAAUAUUAUGGAAGAAGAAGAAAAGAAAGAAACAAUAGGAAAAAUGAUAGAAAGUAAUGAAAUUAAAAGAUAUAAUGAAAAUGAAGAGGAUGAACAAAAUGAAUCUAAUGAUUAAAAAAAAUAAUAGGAACAUAUGUUUAUUUAAAUGAUUCAAAAAUAAGCUAUUGAAAAUGAUCAGAAACUGUUACAAUAAUAAUAAACUAAUUAUAAUACAUCAAAUGAUGUAGGAAAUGGCAGUGAAAUCUUAAUUAAAGCUGCAGAAUCCAUAGAUCCAUAAAGUGAUUAGGAUAUUGUAAAUCCACUUGAAGAUAGUGAUGAUUAAUAAAGAGAUAAUUAAGAAGGCUUCUUGAUUACUACAUUAGAAUAAAAUAAUUAAUAAGUUAUUGAAUACUAAAAGGAAAAUUUUGAAUAAGAAUCAUGA